AUGGCGUGCGUGACUGUCGGACUCAAGCGGCCAUUGGAGUUCGAUCCGGUCCACAGCCCACCGAGUGGUCCUUUGAAGCGUCGUCGAUACUUGAGUCUGAUACCCGGGGUCAGUCCUGGCAGAGCCGAUGGUCGCACUGGAUCUGCGACGAAACGCCAGAGCUCUUUCUACGAGGUUGAUGGGAAAUUUACACCAGAGGACAUCAGAGCAAGUAUUCGUGAUGAACUCAAGCGUUUGCAGAAGCGGAAGAAGUUGCAAAUUUCCUCGACCUCUUCGCCUUCGUCGUCGUCUGCUUCUUCAGCCGAUCAGCGAUCCCUUUCACCUGACCAUUUGAUCGGAGGAUCCUCCCCGCCGCAUAUCGCCAUGAUGUCUUUGGACAGCCCCGUGCAUUCUCCUUCCGACAACAUCGCUGCGAUAACUCCGAAUGUCAACAAAGACAAACCGAUUUUCACUAUGCGCCAAGUGGGCCUCAUCUGCGAAAGACUGUUGAAAGAGCGAGAGGCGGCGAUCCGCACAGAGUACGACCAAGUUCUUACAUCGAAGCUUGCCGAGCAAUACGAGACGUUCGUGAAAUUUACGUACGACCAGAUACAACAGAAGUUUGAAUCUGCUGCGGAGCCGAGUUCUAAGCGGAGAGUCAAUCUUAUUCUGAGUCGUUGGGAUCAUUCUAGCAUGCCGAGACUAAAGCCAGUGCCGACUCUAGUCGAACUAUGUUCCGUGUCCGCGUGUUCCUGGCUCCUCCGCAUCACUCAACACGACCCUCACUCCAAAACCGCCGUGCACGAAGACUUCGUUGAAAAGUACACCGACGUGGCCCGAUAUUAUUCCCAGCUCCCUCGAACAGUGCUCACCGACAUUGCCGUCAUUCAUGUAACCCGCGCAGCAGGCGUAUGUGUCGACUCCAUCCGUGCCUUCUCCGUUCUUGUCAUGUGCGGCUUGAAAGAAGUGUCCCUGGACAAGAACGGCUCUUUGCCGUCCAAUACCGAGUGGGCCGAGUUGACGGCGUUGCCUGUUAUCAAGGAGACUUGCGGCCACUUUGCCAGAGCGCUGAUGAUGCCGGUGGCGUUUGAGUUCUUGGAACGAGUGACUUUGUCAUGCGCUCCGCCGUUGUUGGACUUUUACGCCAUUUUUGAAGCCCUGGGGAACAGGUCGAGACGGCUCAAACACCUAGACGUGUCGAAUCUGGGUGGGAUUGUGGAUGAUCAUUGUUUAGCGUAUCUUUUGCCGGAAGCUGUGUUCGAGCUGGAUAAGCGGAAAAUUCCGUGUCCCGAUUUGGAGUCGGUUUCCGUUGGGGCUUGCUUGUCUGUCAGUGCGGAAGUCGUGGCUAAGCUCAUCAUAUCGCAUUCAAAACUCAGGUGUACCGGCUUUAAACGAGCUCGUCUUGUCUUGGAGUUGAUACAAAGAAUGUACCUGGCUGCACAUGUUCCAUUCCGAGAAUGCGGCCUAACGCAUGUCUCGAAUAUUGGAACGAGAUGUGAUAUCACGGAUCAUCAAGAAAGGAAGCAUUUGGUUCCGGACUCGUCUUUCGUGCAGCUGAUGAUGGAUUUUUGCCCCAGACUUUAUAACUUCAAAUCUCGCGUCGACGACUCCAGUAUCUGGAAGCUGAGUCCACUUAUGGAACGCGUGAAAGCUUUGGAAGUUUGUUACAGUUUUGGUAACGCGACGAAUGUUGGGAGGAAUACGUUGAGAUUUUUCGACAAGUUCGGAGCGUCUUUGUCUUCCUUGACGAUUCUGUCCCAUCGGAUAACGUACUCACAAUUGCUGGCGAUCGGGAGAGCCUGCUGCAAUUUGUCGCAAUUAUGGUUGAAGCUGAAUAUCCUCAUGAAUGAUUUGGCAAAUCCAAUACAUCAUGCUGUUGGAUCCGAUGCCGGGCCAAUCUACGAACUCGGCAGUGAUCAUUUGAAAAAUCUCAGGGUAGUCCACUGUCAAGUUGGGAGUCAUUGGGCUGAGGAAACUGCAAUGGAAGAAGAUGUCCUUAUAUAUUUGGCUCAGGACAAGCCAAAGUUGGAGUCGUUGAUGUUUAUUGGAACCCGGUCAAGUGAUAUUGGCGAUGGCUUCGUGCGGAAGUUGAUUGAUGGAAGGUGGACACCUAAUCUGAAAACUGUCAACUUCAGCAUCCCAGGAUGGAAGCCUCGCGUGCUUGAAAAGCUGACUGUGACAUCCUUGUGUCUUUUAAUCAAUCUGGAUAAUAUCGAGGAAAUUGGCAACGUGAUGUGUUGGGCUGUGGAUCCUUCUUGGGUCCUUGGUCUGCGUCAUUCUGCAAUGGCGCGCGUUGUGGUUUUCUUAUUUACUUUUUUGCUAUCUUCCUGUGUUGCUCCCCCGCCCAGAAACCGCGAUGAGAAGCAUCCUUCAGACGCAGACCCGAAAAAUGUCAGCGAGAACGAAGUUUACGAUGCUCUGGAACUCGAAUACAACCGGUAUCUCCAAGAAGUCGUUCAGGCCUUGGAGGGCGACGACAAAUUCAGAAAAAUGCUCGAGACCGUGGACCCCGAGGACAUCAAAAACGGGAAAAUAGCUCAGAAACUCGACAUGGUCUCUCUUAACGUAAGAUCGAAGUUAGAUGAGAUCAAACGAGCUGAAGUUGAGCGGUUACGUCAAAUCGCGAUGCUUGAGCACGAGCGUAGCCAGGGUGUGCAAAGUAGAAUCAAGGUUCCCGGCCACGUGGACUACGUUCGAGCAGAUUCCUUUGGCAGUGAGGACUUGAGGAAGCUUAUGCAACAAGCACACCGGGAUUUGGAGGAGGCUGAUCGGAAGCGCAAAGAAGACUUCAAGCGGUACGAGAUGGAGAAGCAGUAUAAGUUCAAAGAACAACUAGAAACGCUUCCUUCCGAAGAGAAGGAGAAGCUGAAGGAGAAGCACGACGAGGAAGUGAAGAAACACAAGGAUCAUCCGAGGAUUCACCACCCUGGGAGUAAGCAGCAGCUGGAAGAAGUAUGGGAGAAACAAGACCACUUGGAGCCCCAGGACUUCAAUCCGAAAACCUUGUUUUACAUGCAUGAUCUUGAUGGAAAUGGACACUUGGAUCAGGAGGAAGUGAAGCUGUUGUUUCACAAUGAAAUCAAAAAGGCGUACAAUGCGGAUUCGCCUGAAGAUGAUAUGCGGGAAAUGGAGGAAGAUUUAGAGCGCAUGCGUGAGCAUGUUUUCAAUGAGUCUGAUGCCAACAGAGAUGCACUUAUCAGUUUGGAAGAAUUCAUGGCAAUGGUGAAAAAGGAGGACUUCGAGCAAGAUCCAGAAUGGCAUGGCGUUGAUGACGAGGAAGCCUUCUCAGAGCAGGAAUUUAUGGAGUACGAACGACAACGGAGGGAAGAAAUCGACAGGAUGCGGAUGGCUGGGCAUUUGCCGCCUCCAGCCCCUGGGCACCCGAUACCAAACGCUGAUCAACGAGCUGUCAACAAAUGUGGGACAGGGUCGCCGAAUACGUGGGCGUUUGACAGAGAUCACGAUCAUACUUACGGAACUUCCAAUCAGGACUCUGUCAAACCUUCCGUGAAAAAAAGGCGACACAACAAAGUCAAAGACGAGAAUCAGAAGCAUACGGAACACGGCUAUGCUACUCUGAAUACCGCCACACUUGUGCUGAGUCCGGCAAAUUCUUCUGCGAUCCCCGAAGUCGUGAAAGAAGUUGAAAAGCCCGCGGUGGUGCCCAAAGGCGAUCACGUUUACGCCGUGAGAGGUGCCAGCAAAACUAAGCUGAAGUCUUCAUUAAGUCCAUCGGUUGAUCAUAUCUACGCUUCCGGUGGUUCUCCUGAAGAAGAACAGAGGGGUGUCAUGGAGCUGGCGGACAGUAAUGACGAGAAUAGCCCAGGCCUGGAAAAGAAACCGAAGUUGGAGUGUUCUGAUUCGUCUGUUACAAAUAAAGUCCGUGAAUCGAAGCCGUCUGGCAGAAAAGACUGGAAUGCUCUAUCGCGAGAAGAGCUGGUUGCCCGGGUAACUGCGUACGAGCAGCAAGUGAAACAGUUGCGGAAUGUUCUCGCGAAGGUGACUGGAAGCAAAAACGAAUCCGGGUCUCUAGGAAAACUUCCGAAGAGAUCUCGUCCGUUUGAUUUCACCAAACAUGGAAAGCGUCAUGUUGCUUUAUGGAUAACUUAUUUGGGAUGGGAUUAUCAUGGAUUUGCUGCUCAAGAAGGAGAGAAAUGGAGUACAAUUGAGAAGCACAUCUUUGAAGCUCUGGACAGAACAAAGUUGAUUGAAAGUCGAGAGCAAUCCAACUAUCACAGGUGUGGUAGAACCGACAAAGGCGUUUCAGCGUUUACUCAGGUGAUAUCCAUUGAUCUAAGGAGCAACUCAAAGGAGGGAAGUGAUAAUCAAAAUGAGUUGGAUUACUGUGGAAUGCUGAAUCGAGUGUUACCGGAUGACAUCCGUCUUGUGGCGUGGGCCUGUGUUCCUCAAGAUUUUUCUGCCAGAUUCAACUGUCUCUUCCGUCAAUAUAAAUAUUUUUUCCCCAAGGCAGAUCUUGAUGUUGAGAGAAUGAAAAUGGGAGCGAAAAACUUGCUCGGAUCUUACGAUUUCCGAAAUCUCUGCAAGCCUGAUGUGGCGAAUGGAGUGCGAAAUUUUGUCAGGUCGAUUUCUAAGGUAGAAAUUUCCGACUGCAAGCAAGUACCAGGAAUGUCCGUAUUGACCAUAGAGGGCAAAGCGUUCUUAUGGCAUCAAGUCAGAUGCAUCAUGGCUGUGUUGAUUUUGAUCGGGCAAGGUUUAGAAGAACCGGAGAUCAUCCAAGAUUUGAUGAACUUGGAAAAGUUUCCGGGGAAGCCGCAGUAUUCCAUGGCUUGGGAAAUUCCCCUGUGUCUCUUUCGUUGUGAGUUUGAAAAUGUCGAGUGGAAGAUGGCCGAGGAUUCCCGUAAAUUCGUUAUCCGUGAUCUAAGGCGGCAUUGGUGUAAAUCUGCUGUUCGCUGUGCAAUGGUUGGAGAAAUGCUGGAAGCUUUGGACAGUGGUGUUCUAUCUGGAUUUGAUGCGGACUUGCUCAUUCCGGGAGUCAAAUCGAAGGUGUACGUUCCGUUGAGCAAACGGGUUUGUAGCGUCAUGGUUCGAUUCAAGAAUCGGUACGUUACGUGCGCAAUACGCUUGCCUAAUAAAGGCAGUGAUGACCAUGAUGAGAGUAAUUUAGUUUUGCGAAAGAUGGAUGCGAAUGUUGUCUCGAAAGUCGUGUUGGGUGCUGUGGGGAAGCUUCACGGGGAAUUCGGGAGCACAUCCGUUCGACAAGGAUUCAAAGUGAUGCAUUAUUUUACCUCCGGACAUUUUGUGAUGCGAAUGCGAAGUGGUCCACAUAAACUAGCUACGACUGCUCUACCUUUCGUUACGUGUUGGGAGGAAAAGGCAAUGGUUAUCCAAAUUCUCCGAGUGACUGCGACUUUAAACCAUUCUUACCUAUUUUUAAAGAAUCUGCUGGGUUCCGAGCUGAAGGAGCGGAAGCGGAAGGGUGUCAAAUGA